GUUUAAGCCGGUGAUUCAUUAAUGCUCAAGUACCGAAAGUCUCUCUGACUUACGAAAGAAUAUCGAGCUUCCUGGUUCAGGGCCGGACGCUUACCUAACCUACUGAAUUGGGAGCUUCACAACCAUGGGGACAAAGGAGGCAGGGGAUGCUAGAGCAGCAGAGUUGGGCCUUCUCCCCUCAUCAGCCAACCCGAACAAGCAAAUGUCUGAAAAACCAAACUAUGCUCUUAAAUUUACUCUCGUGGGACAUACGGAAGCAGUAUCAUCGGUUAAGUUUAGUCCUAAUGGAGAAUGGCUAGCAAGUUCUUCUGCUGACAAAGUAAUUAUAAUUUGGGGAGCCUAUGAUGGAAAGUAUGAGAAAACACUUCAUGGUCACAAUCUGGAAAUAUCGGAUGUUGCCUGGUCAUCAGAUUCCAGUCGCCUUGUUUCUGCCUCAGAUGAUAAGACGCUAAAGAUUUGGGAUGUGAGAUCUGGAAAAUGUUUGAAAACGCUGAAGGGGCAUAGUAAUUAUGUUUUUUGCUGUAAUUUCAAUCCACCAUCCAAUCUCAUCAUUUCAGGAUCUUUUGAUGAGAGUGUGAAAAUAUGGGAGGUGAAAACAGGAAAGUGCCUUAAGACUUUGUCUGCUCAUUCUGACCCAGUUUCUGCUGUUCAUUUUAAUUGUAGUGGGUCUUUGAUUGUGUCAGGUAGCUAUGAUGGUGUCUGUAGAAUUUGGGAUGCUGCAUCAGGUCAGUGUUUAAAAACACUUGUUGGUGAUGAUAACCCUCCUAUCUCUUUUGUAAAAUUUUCUCCAAACGGACGGUAUCUUCUAAUUGCAACUUUGGACAAUACUCUUAAACUGUGGGAUUAUAGCAGAGGCCGAUGUCUGAAAACAUACACUGGUCAUAAGAAUGAGAAAUACUGCAUAUUUGCCAAUUUUUCAGUUACUGGUGGAAAAUGGAUUGUGUCUGGAUCAGAAGAUAAUCUGGUUUACAUUUGGAACCUUCAGACUAAAGAGAUUGUACAGAAAUUACAGGGUCAUACAGAUGUUGUAAUCUCAGCAGCUUGUCAUCCUACAGAAAACAUCAUUGCAUCAGCAGCAUUAGGAAAUGACAAAACAAUUAAACUGUGGAUGAGUAACUACUAAACCCUUUAGAAAUCAACUAGUAGAGCCAAAUUGGCAAAAAAAAAA